UGUAGCAGAAACUAUAGCUUACGACUAUGUUUUGGAGACUGCGUUGAGAGGCCAACAGUUUCAGCAAAGAAACUUGUUGUUGCUACAUGGUUCGUGGAAAUGGUUGGUGGAUGAAUUUGCAUCUCUUUUGGCGGUUUAGAUGCAUACACAAAGCUCAGGAUUGGCUGCACCUGCACUUGAUCAAGCUUUGAAGCUCUACAAAUGGUUGCAUGAUAUUCUUUCACCCGAGGUUCUUAGUGUAGGCCUAUCAUGGAUAGUUUCUGCAGUGGACGACUUUGGUACUUUUCAUAUUAAGCUGAAGCUUUAAGAAGGUUGAUAAAGUAACUGAUUCUACAUCAACUGCGGUGAGUGGUGGCAUCACUGGCAUGGAUGGUCUUCCACGUUAAGAUAUCAGUGAAAAGACUACCCCCCCUGUUAAAAGGCUUAGAGGGUUCUGAUUUGAAGGUCCGCUUGGAAUCUAUUGAAAGUGUGACCAAAAUUCUGGAAGAGGCGAACAAACCUAUUCUGCCUGCUGGAACUGGAGAUCUAUUUGGAGCUCUAAAAGGGCGUCCACACGACAGUAACAACAUUUUUUUUAUUAUUGCUACUUUGUCCACAAUCGGUGCUCUUACGACUACAAUGGACUGCCAGUUGAGAAGUCAGGCAAGGGAUCUUUUUAAAUGGCUAUCAAGAAGACAACUUGCUGGAUUGGAUAAAUUAGCAGGUGGUUGUAAAGCGGCUGAAGCAUGCUUUAAUGAAAUAUUGAGAGGGUUUAUGGACAAGAAACGGUAUGAACAUCCAAAUUUUUGGUUACUUGAUUGAUGUUGGCCAACUCUUUUAGCUGCUAGGUGGCGCUAGACCUAUCUUAUAUCUCUUCCCUUAUAUGUACCCAAAAAUUUGAGAUAUAUACAACAUUUUGCUUUAGCUGUUAUUAGCAAACGACUGAAGCCAUAUGGAGCUCUUCAAGGUAUUAUGCUACUUACAUUUAACUCAUUCAUCUCCUAGUAAAAAAAUAUAUUUAUGUUUUUCCACUUUUCCAUGUCAUUAUAUUGAUUUUUUCGUGCCACAUCC